AUGACCUCGGUUUCCCGACGGCUGGCGCUGGCCACCACGGCUGCACCACCUCCACAACCCUCCCAUGGCGGCAACGGACGGCGACAGUGUUGGGAGUGCCAGCGUCGCCGUGUUGUCUGUGACGCUGCUCGUCCCGUAUGCGGGAAAUGCAAGGCGACCGGUGUUGUGUGUCCUGGGUACGAGGACAAGAAGCCCUUGACUUGGCUUACCCCCGGCAAGGUUAAGACUCGCACCUGGAAGCGGAAGAAGCCAUCCGAUAAGGACGCGUCGCCAAAGUCGAGUUCCUCAGAGGACGGUAGUGAUACCACUAAGUCCAGCUCCAAUGUUUCCACACAGCUGGUCCACAUCUUCCCCGGAGUAGAGCUGAGAUCAGAAACAUGCGACUUCGUUGAGGCGACCAUGUACUGGAACGAUCAAGUGUACCCGUCCUUCCUAGCGAACCAACUAACGAGCAGUCCGUGGGUUAUUCCAGUGACAUACAUCCAUCUAAUGCCUCGCGCCACACAACAUGCCCUUGUGUCUAUGGCCAUCGACCACCGCAUGUUGCGCAUAGGACGCAGGAAGAACGACCCCUUCAUUGUCGAGGUACAGUCUCGGUUUCAUCAGCAUCGGUGCGCGGCAAUCCAGGCCUUGAAUGAGGAUGUCAACAAUGACCGCAUCCGCGGUGCCGAUAGUACAUUUGGCAGCGUGAUGGUGUUUAUGUUUGCAGAUUUAAUGGGGUCGGCGACUACAGCAAAUUGGCGCCAUCACCUAAAUGGACUAGCAGGGCUGAUGGCAAUGCGAGGCGGGUUUGAAGUCAUGUUCCGCACCACGCCUUAUCUGCACCCAUUGCUGCUCUUUCCCAAAAUCGUCGAAGUUAUGGCAAACACAACAAGCCCGGCACACGACCAAGUAGGGCCGACUACCAGCUACAAGAACAUCGACAUGAUUUCCGAACUUUUCCAGCUGGGCUACUACCCUCUGCUUCCCUGUCCAGUAGAGCUAUUUGCCGACAUCAUCCGCAUCAACCGGCUUCGAUUCCUGAUAGCAACCAACAGCUGGAGCGAAGACUUGGGAUCGGUACAAUCAGCAGCGGAGAACCUGGUAGAGAGCAUCAUCGAGUUCUCGCCGGAGAUUUGGGUCGAGUCAAAGACUGAUUCGAAGGAAAUGUUCCUACUUAUGGGCCGUGUUUACCAGUCCGCUACUGCUCUGUACGCCAUCUCGUCACUGCAAUGUCUUGGAGCACUACCCCUUUCAGCUGGGUGGAAGGCAGUAAGAACCAUACACUACGGACGUCUCUUCGCACUUCUUGAUCAGGCGGCCAACGAACCGAUGGUAAAGCAUUGUGUUGCCUGGCCACUCAUAGUUGCCGGAUUCGAAGCGGCGUCCGGCAGCGCGGCCGGACGGGCGUUCGUGGUGAAACAGUGCAUCACGUCGAGUAAGGAUUUGGGCGCCUAUCUGCCCUUGGCUGCUGUACGAGUGCUGGAGACGUUCUGGGCUUCGGGGAAGAGGACGUGGGAUGAGUGUUUUGAUACCCCUCACGCUCUCGUGGCGUAA